CUGUGUGUCGCACACAGCCUUCAAGUAAUCAAGGCUCAGGGGAAGGGAGAGGGAUUUGUAAACCCUGGAGCAAGCUUCUGCCUACUGGCGACCGCUGCUAUGUAGAGACCCUGGGUGAAGCCACCAUCACCAUGUCUGACCAGGAAGCAAAACCUUCAGCUGAGGACUUGGGGGAUGAGAAGGAAGGAGAAUACAUUAAACUCCAAGUCAUUGGACAGGAGAGCAGUGAGAUCCACUUCAAAGUGAAAAUGACAACACAUCUCAAGAGACUCAAAGAAGCAUACUGUCAAACACAGGGAGUGCCAGUAAAUUCAGUCAGAUUUCUCUUUGCAGGUCAGAGAAUUGCUGGGAAUCACACUCCAAAAGAACUGGGAAUGAAGGAAGAUGUGAUUGAAGUUCAUCAGGAACAAACAAGGGGACAUUCAAUGAUUUAGAUAUUCUUUUUUUUUGUCUUUACUCUCAAUCCUUUUUUAUUUUUAAAAAUGUUUUUUUAUAAUGUAGGUGUUCAACACAG